CGACGAGUGGUGUCUCAGUGGCGGUGGCAGCAAACGUCGACGGACGGCGUGUGGGCGCGUGUGUGUUGUUGUACGGUAGCAGCUGCAGUGCUCGGCGGGCGGCGGCGGCCAUCGAAACGCGGUGUUUCCGAUACCGGCGGCCGGCCGGAAGUAGACGUUCGCAUCGAACGUAUAUACGCGGAUCUGUUUCCGGACAGCACAAAAUAAUACGACCGUGCACGAUAAUAUGAUCAUUAUAUUGUGAUAUUGUUAAAGUCGACGGGCCGAAAAACUUCUAAUCUCCGGUCCCGUUCAAUUUCACUUCAUUCCGGCGUUGUCCAUCGCAUAAUAUAAUAAAAUACUGUCGUUUUGAAAUCUUUCCCUCGUCGCCGGUUCCAGUGACCGAUGUGUGUUGGAUCACCUGCGCGUGUUCGCCGCGGGACACACCGAGAUUGAAAUAAUAAUUUUAAAGAAAAAAAAAAAUCGAGAUCGAAUUUUAAAAACCGAUUACUUAUAUAUCAGUAUCUGCGCGGUUUCAAUACGUCACCGUGGAUGUAGGAGCGUGCGUGGAGAAUUUACAAUCCUAAGGGAGAAAAUCGUUUAGACGUCUACGUUUGUAUUUUACGCACUGGGAAACUUGAAAAUUGGUAGUGGUAAAUGUCGCGGACAUAAUAACUGUUUCUACCGCUGCUGAGGUUUUCAUAAUAUAGAGGUGUUUGUCGAGUUACACGAUAUGGAUACGAAAUCUUGAAUUGCUGAUAAUAGAUUAAAAUCUCCAUCGAACAAUGACUCAAUGGUUUGCUCGCUGGAUGAAACAAUGAGUACAUUUAUGGAAACCUGUAAUGACACAGAAAUGAACUCGACAUUUAAUUUCAGUUUGGAAGAAGUAUAUUCUAUUAUGUUGGAGCAUAAACGCGAUUCCCGAAAUUUGGACAAAAGUACUGAGACGCUACUGAUCAUAGUGUACUUCGGUUUGAUGAUCGUCGGGCUGUCGGCCAACCUGACCGUGAUUUACGUGGUGGCCAGACGUGCUCAGAUGCACACUUCCCGAAAUCUGUACAUAGUCAACUUGGCUGUUUCCGACAUGACUCUGUGCUUGGUGUGCAUGCCGUUCACACUGACGUCGAUAUUGCGACACCAGUGGACCAUGGGCACCGUACUAUGCAAACUCGUGCCACUGUUGCAGGGCACCAACAUCAUGGUGUCUGUAGGCACGAUCACGGUGAUCGCCAUAGAUCGAUACUGGGUGAUCGUCCGCGGAUCCGCGCAAAACGAAAGGCGCACAGUGUACGUGUCCAUAGCUAUCGUGUGGUUGUUGGCCGUCUUGACCACAUCGCCCGUAGCUUAUUACCAGGUGGUCGAACCGUUAAAAUUUCACCAUGUAGUUUUAUACGAAGCUUGUCGGGAAAAAUGGCCUUCAACCGAUAUCAAAGUGGCGUAUAAUAUAGCAGUAGUGCUCAUUCAAGCAGUACUACCCGCCACUGUUCUUUUGGUAGUUCAUAUUCGUAUUGCAGCAUAUUUACACGCACACACUGCUUCUCAAAAAGACUCGAGGCGUGCACAGCGAGAACUUCAAAGGAACAAACGGACCACCCUACUUCUGAUAGGAGUGGCGGUCGUCUUCACUGUGAGUUGGCUUCCGUUGGCCGUGUUCUCGUUGGCCGCCGACCUAAUGACCAAGCCGAUUACGACCAAACAACUGUAUGUGACGCUGGCGGUUUGUCACCUGACCGCCAUGACCUCAGCCAUUUCAAACCCGAUCAUUUACGGCUGGAUGAACUCCAACAUCCGUAACGAGUUGUAUCAACUGUUCUACACGAAAAUCCUGAGACGGCGACCGGGCAACAGGUCCAUGGCGACAGCCACGACAACCAUUAGGAACAGGACCCGGCCUCUGAUCACAUACAAUACUUCAAAUUACAUGCCUGGGAGUCAGGAGACGUUUUCGAGGGGAGUCACUGUGCUUUAGGCAGCAGCCGUGGAUGACCAUGGCCGUUCCGCCGAAAGGACAACGUUUCUAGAAUUUAUUUUAUUUUAAUUUUUUCGUAUGACAUCCCAUCCUCUAUCGCGUUAUUGCAAAGACUCGAUAUUAAUUUCUAAUACGAAAAGUUUCAUCAUUUUACCACUGCGAUCUUAUAAUAUACAAACCAGGGGUUCUUAACCGGUGAUCCAUCGCCGUAGAUGUUUACUCAAGCUUUCGUUAAGUGGCUUUGAACAAUUUUUUUUUAAUAAUAAUAAUUCGAUCUAUUUGAUGACUUAAGUUCACCCACUCAUGGUAUUCAUUGUUACAAUUAAAAUUAAAAUUUAACAUUUUAUAAUACUUUUUUAAAUUAUCAUUAAAUAAUUAUCAAAAU